GACACCGGACGCGUUCAGUCUGCCGUCGAACGUGGUGUGCGACGGGUAACGUCGACGAGGGUCGCAGCGUCGCGACACCCAGGACCGUCCUCGCGAUUUCUCGCGCGCGUCGUCGAGCGAGUGUGAGAGCGCGCGAGCGGACGUUCGUCCUGUUCCUCCGUCCUGUGCGGUGCGACGCGUCUGUGUGUGUGUGCGGCGCGACGAGUGCCGCCGUCGUCGCCGAGGAGAAACGCGAGGGAACGACGAGAGAGAGACGCAUUUUCUCCGCCUUUCUCGCGGUGACGUCCGUCGUCCUGCGACGACUUUCGCCGACGCGAACGAAGGAACGUAUCGCGCCGAGAAGAAGAGCCGCUCUCUGACGUUUCUCUCUGCGCCGCCUGCAGCGGCGGGAACUCGGCCAACAGCCCGUGCUUAUCCCUCGCCAGAUCUCUGUCCUCGCUCCUUCACGCAACCUGCCCCCUGUUCUCGCUCCCUCUCUCGCUCUCCCGACCGUGAGACGGAUUUAUGCACGAGGGCGGAGAUCCCCGGCCGCGAAUAAGGCCUCCGAUGGGCCCCUCGGAGGAUCCUCGCGAACUGGUGCGCGCGACGACGCGACGAGCGACGCAAGAGCGAGGACGCGCGAGAUGAUUUCGGGAGUCAAGGUCGGCCCUGUCUAGACUGCUGUCACCGGUGCUGCUUCUGCUGCCAAUGACAACUAUACAUCGCGAGGCAGCGCGUGUACGCGUCGAGCGAACUCCCCGAUAAUACUGGCCGCUCUCGACGAGAGUGACUCUCUUCUUCCUCGUCCUAUCCGUCGCUCUCUCAUUCCCGGAAAUCUCUGGGAAUCUCGCUAGCGGACGAAAGAGAGAGACGAGAAUCCUCCCUCCUCCUACGCGGCGAUACACGGCAGAGAAGGGGAUAACACCGGCGGAGUCGCGCUGCUCCCAUUAGACGCCCGUUAAACGACCGUAACGCUUAUGGUCAAGUGGGAUCGCCGGCGCGGAGCACCGGAUACAAUCGAAUUAAGUGGGAACGGGGUCGCUUCCUCCUAACGGGCCCCGAUCGAUCGUCGUCGUCGGUGGACCGAGCCACGGGAACCGCGACGACCGGGGCAGUGCUGUCUCUCUUCGCGAAAGCGCCGUCGAGAGAUCCGUCUGUCCGCCUCUCGAGGUCGCCGGGGAUGCUGCAUCGGUGGUGCGCCGGGAGAGAGCGUCGUCGCGUCGCGGGCGGCUGAAGUCAGUGGUGAUCCGGUCGGUGCGGUGAUCGAAUCGUUACGACGACGACGACAAUAACAACGACGACGACGACGAGGAUAACGAGGACGUCGGCGACGAGGACGCGACUCUUUCGUGUGGCUCGGCGAACUGUUCGGCGAGGGUGCGCCGAGGGUGGACGGCGACGAGGGCGAAAGUGGUGUUGUCGGUGGUGCGUUUAUGUCAACUCGACGCCGGCCGUUGGUCAGUGGUUGCUCCCGGCACGCCGACAACCUGGCGGCUCCGUUCAAAUGAAGCUGAGGCGUCGCUACAUGCAGACGCUCGGCGUCUCCGUGAAACAGCUGCGAAAGAAAUUACUCGAGCUGGGCGCGCGAAUCCUCCACGUCCAGAAGUCGAAACAGCGCGACAUGGCACUGGUGAUGCUGUCGGUGACACAAGGAAUGGAGGUCGGCAGCAGCGGACACGGUGCACACGGUGGUCUCGGCGGUGACCCGUCUGGCGGUGUCGGUGGUGUCGGCGGCGGCGGCGGUGCCGGUGGUAGUUCCAACAGCAGAGACAUACAGGAAGUGAUGAUCGCCGCGCAGAGAGAUCGGGCGAUUCGCAUGGGCAGCGUACGGCAGGAUCUCGUCCUCGACUUACCACCGAGACUGCAACUCCCGGACGGCGAGGAACGUCCGUACGGAGCGCACAUGGGCCUCCACCUCCGCGACCCGGAACAGGAGAGCGAGAUUUACCAGAAGUGCGUGCGACCGCCGCCGAAUCGCACGGUGUUCGACAGCGAGAGCCCGCCGCCUUACCGUAGCCACUCGGGCCUGAUGACGGACACGCCCGGCGAGCGGCUAAUGCGGAGCAACAGCGCCGGCAGCUCGCUCCUCAAGGUAUUCCGGAGGUUCCCGCAUUCCGGCGGCUCGACGCCGGCGGCGGCGGCGGCGAUGACGACGACGACGACGACGGCGGCGUCGGUGGUGGUGCCGAGCAGGAGACCGGCCAUGUCCAAUUAUUCCGAGUCCAAUAGUAACCUGAGCAAUCUGAGCAGUAGCAAUCUGUCCAACCUCACCGUGGUGCCCUGUGAGACCGAGGAGAGCCGGCAAGAGCAACAGCACCAUCACCAUCAUCACCAUCACCACCACCACCACCACCAUCAUCAUCACCACCACCAGCAGCAGCAACAGCAGCAGCAGCAGCAGCAGAACGUCUGAUCCGUGGUAAUAAGACCGAGGGAGAGAAUGCGCGGCGACGCCGCAUCGUCGUCGUCGUCGUCACCGGUGACAAAGUGGAGGACGACGACAUCCUCCUCGCUCGCGCUGAGGAACGACGCCGCCGUCGUCGUUGUUGCCGCAGCUGCCGCCACCGCUGCUGCCGUUGCCGCCAUUGUCGUCGCAGCCGCUGCAUCGCCCUCGAGAACGAGCGAUGGAUCGACGACUGUCCUUCAAGACUGACUCGCGGGAGAAGCUUCAACAUAGGAUAGGUCCCCCGGUCGUGUCCCAUCGUGUUCAGCGAGGAGUACUGUUGCACCUGUCAACGCGCGCGCGAUGACUUACUCCGCACGGUGCGCGAGACACUGAAGAGGAGGGUAUCCCAGCCGGUGGUAUCCUCGUUGGAUCGUUCUUCCGGCGUUCUUAAUAAUGAGAGAUAGAGAGAGCGAAUGAGAGAAUGAGAGAGAGAGAGAGAAAGUAACAGAGCGAAAGAGGAUCGUCCGUUCGUGGCCUAAAGGAGGGCCGGCGGAGGGUGGAAAGCCCCGGCUCCGAACUGACUGGAGUGAAAUCGUCAGUCAUCAAAGACUGCGCUCAAUCGCCGUGCGUUGGUUCGCCUGUCCUCUUUCUCCACCGGGGCAGUCGACGCGCCCGCUGCGUCGCCGUCGAUGACGACGCGUCUCAUUGUGCAAUUCCACACGCGGCCAGUGUCUAGCCUAGAUCUCAGAUUAUUCCAAAGCGGAGCGGUUACGAGGGUUGGUGGAAAAUCAACGGGGGCGGGAGCGGGAGAAAGAGAGAGAGAGAGAGAGAGACACACACACACACAGACGGGAAGAAAAAGCGGAGGAGACGGUCGAAUGCCCGGCGCGGUGGAGAGCCGCGUUACCAACGCGCGACGCGAAGAAGCGGCCUACCUAGUAGUUGGACGAGAGACUCCCCCUCUGUCCGGGGAUUUCUGGCGAACACGACGGCGAAGAAGAGGCUCCACUUCGCGGAGAAGCGACGGACGGGCGGGAUUCGCGGCUCGCGAUAUCAACCGGCGGCGCCUACGUAGCAGAUUGGAUAUCCCGGCGGCCGCCGGUCGCGCCUUCUCUUCCGGCCCUCGGCGGAGGCUCGAUUCGUCGGACAUCGCGGAAGUUUGUUCAUCGCGACGAAGACUUAGUAAAUUAUUUAUUGCCGACACACGAUAUUUUAUUCGCGACGGGCGGCUGCUGCGCGCGCGCGCGCGCGCAACACGCGGCCGGACAGCGCGAGCGGUUGGCUUCCUCGCGCGGUGGUUGGUGGUUUUGUUGUUGUGUGGAGAAGCGACGGGGACGACACACACACACACACACACACACGCACACGCACACACACAUUUACGCGAGUUAUUGCAUGAGCGAAUCGUUUGAUGAUGAUGAUGAUGAUGUUGAUGAUAAUUAUGACGAUGAUAAUGCUGAUCAUGAUGAUGAUGUUGAUGAUAAUGCAGAUGAUGAUGAUGAUGAUGAUUGCGUGAGUGCGACCAGGCGUGCGUACGAGUAAACGCAACGCGCGCGCGCGCGGGGGCGAGGAAAGAGAGAGAUCGGUAAGUCUGAUAGGUAGGUAGGACAAGAGAAACCGCGCAAAAAAGCGCGGCUAAUUGCAGGAUCGCGGGAAAGAAAUACCGAGAAGGAGAGAGAGAGAGAGAGAGAGAGAGAGAGAGAGAGAGAGA